AUCCACAACCGGUUUUUAUUGUUUUCGCGAGUUUACGCGCAUUCCAGGCAUCUACGGUGAAGUAGCUCUCUUGGAAGUAGCAUAUAGGCCGUAAAGAUUAGACUUUGAUGGCCAAGAGACGCGCUGAGAACACGCUGCUGCUCGACUCUCCAGGUAAAAGGAAGUCCUGCCGACCACUGUGCAGCGUCGACAUGCAGCUGGAGAGCAGCGUGGCUCGGAGCGGGGCUGUGAGUCCGCCGUCCCUGCUAGCUCUGCUGGGGAGUCGCUGCAGAAAAAGACCGCACUAUUUCGAAAACGAAGAGAAACCAGUAGACACGGCACUUUACAGUUCACCCUGCGUGUCGAAGAAGCUGGCAGCAGCGGAUGUUUCGACGGAGCGGGUUUCUGGAAGCUUCCAGGACCGUCGCAGCAGCUCCUGCACAGUCACAAGCAAGAAGAAACGAGCCCGAGUGGACAGCCUUGGUUCCGAAACUGUUCUAUCUGCAGCUAGUGAUAAAACAGUGGAAGACGUCCCCAUUGAAGACAGCGUUUAUAACUCAUUCCAGUAUUGGAGGGUCCCCUUACCUGCGCUAGACCUCUCACUGCUGGAAGAUCCCAGGGAUGAUUCACAAACGAAACAUAAUUCAAAAGUCAGUGACUCUUCCUCUGACACUAUGGAGACCUGAAGACGAUGGGCACAACAAGUCAGAUAUUUGCAGCCUUUUAAUCAGGCGAACGUGUCAAGGAAAGAGUGACGAAGCAGAUCGACACUUCAGGACACAUCCAAGUGUGAAGGAGCAUCUGAAUGUUGGAAAAUUUAGGGAGGCCCAGGCUGGUGGUGUAUGAUGUCAGUGACUUUAAUCUACAUGUGUGCUGACGCUAGUAAACGUCUGCAGAGGCAUUCCUUCUGAUGAAACCAGUGAUUUUAAAGCAACUGCUGUUUGUAUAUAUUGUGAAAGUUUUCAACAGAAUAGUAGUUUUGAUUUUAGUUAUAGAAUAGUUGCUUAUAUGCAACCCUUUUUAAGAGUUGCUGAGAGAACAUUUUAUGUGUACAAGUGGUGUUUGCUGGAUUUGCAUUGGUAUUUUCAUUUGAAAUAAACACGUUUUAGGUACUGAUUUAGUUUAAUUAUUCUGUGUUUGUGUGUUUUCUUGUGUCAUUGAGGGGUAGAUGAUGCCUCAUGAUGAAUAGUGUGGCAC